UGUUUUAAUUACAAGUGUGGUUUAGGUUUAGUUCACCUGUAAAGUGCUUCUCUGGUAAUGAAGGCCAGAGAAUUUAUUUGUGCAGGAGACAGCUAAGCACAAGUACUUAUUUAUUUAUUUUAUUUUUAUUUUAUUUUAUUUUAUUUCUGUCUUUUGCAAUGAUGAAGGUUUCUAUGCAUGAAACAGAAGAUUGGUGAAAAUAUUUACUACUAUCUAUCAUUCAAGAACUUCCUUCUUUUCUUUUCUUUCUUGAAAAAAAAAAUAAAGAAAAAAAAAUGGAUUCUUCGAAAAUCAAUGAAGGGUCGUCGGAAGAAUGCAGCAGCAGCGAAUCGGGGUGGACGAUGUACAUAGCUUCUCCCGAAAACCAGCCGGAUCACGGCGGCGACGACGACGAUGAUGAUGAUGAUGAUGAUGACGUCAGCGGAUACGAAAAAUGCCAUCGGUACAAGAAAGAUGCUGCUGAUCAUCAAGAAGCCACCGACAGUGAUGAUUCGAUGGCGUCCGAUGCGUCAUCUGGUCCGAGUGGUAUGCAUUUAUGUGGCAGCUAUGACAGAAAAUAUGUUGGUAAUAAUAAGAAUAAUUAUCUGCAACAUGAGACGGAGAAUACGAAGAAGAAGACGAAGAAAAACGACGAGCGGAUACAGAAAAAGACCGAGAAAGAACACAAGUCUGGUAACAGGGCAAAUAGUGCUGGAAAAUCCAAGAAAACAUAGUUAAUAUAUAUAUACUUAAUAUAAUCAUGUUUAUUUAUUUUUUUUCUCUGUUUUUAUGUGUUCUAUAGCAUGUAACUCAUUAUAUAUAUAUUUAUUUAUUAAUUUUUUUUUUCUGAAUGAUUUCUUGAAAUGAAAGUUAUUCCAAA